CUGAGCCCUUUCAAAAGUUGCCAAAUACUGCACCGACGCGGUGAACAGGUGUUGAAAGUAAACUGAAGUUGUGGCGUUACUAGGUGAGGCAGACGUCCUGUAAGACCCAAGAAGUAAUCUGGGAAGGGGAUACAGGUAACGAAUCACCUGCCAGGAUGACUGACACCCGUCGACGAGUUAAAGUCUAUACCCUCAACGAGGACAGACAGUGGGACGAUCGUGGGACCGGGCACGUCUCCUCAGGCUAUGUAGAGCGUUUGAGGGGGACUUCUCUCCUGGUGCGAGCAGAAAGUGAUGGUUCAUUAUUGUUGGAGUCCAAAAUCAACCCAAACACAGCCUACCAGAAACAACAGGAUACAUUGAUAGUAUGGUCAGAGGCUGAAAAUUAUGAUCUGGCACUCAGCUUCCAAGAGAAGGCUGGAUGUGAUGAAAUCUGGGAGAAAAUAUGCCAGGUACAGGGCAAAGACCCUUCUGUGGACAUCACGCAAGAUGUGGUGGAUGAGUCUGAGGAGGAACGAUUUGACGAAAUGUCAUCGCCAGGUCUUGAGUUGCCACCAUGUGAACUGAACCGCUUGGAGGACCUUGCGGAGCUGGUGGCUUCUUCACUGCCAUCACCGUUGCGACGUGAGAAACUGGCACUGGCUGUGGAGAAUGAAGGCUACAUUCGCAAGCUUCUAGAACUGUUUCGUGUGUGUGAGGAUUUGGAGAACAGAGAGGGACUGCACCAUUUGUAUGAAAUAAUCAAAGGCAUCUUCCUGCUGAAUCGCACCGCACUCUUUGAGGUUAUGUUUUCUGACGAGUGCAUUAUGGACGUCAUUGGCUGUCUGGAGUUCGAUCCAGGACUCCCGCAGCCACGGCGGCAUCGAGAGUUUCUUACCAAGACAGCCCGAUUUAAGGAGGUGAUUCCCAUUUCUGAUCCUGAACUGCGUCAGAAAAUACACCAGACGUAUCGGGUACAGUACAUUCAGGAUAUGGUGCUGCCCACGCCCUCUGUUUUUGAGGAAAACAUGCUGUCCACCCUGCACUCCUUCAUCUUCUUCAACAAGGUGGAGAUUGUGGGCAUGCUACAGGACGAUGAGAAGUUCCUGACAGACCUCUUUGCACAGCUAACAGAUGAGGCCACAGACGAUGACAAAAGACAAGAACUGGUAAACUUCUUAAAGGAGUUUUGUGCAUUCUCACAAACAUUACAACCUCAAAACAGAGACGCCUUCUUCAAAACAUUGUCAAACAUGGGCAUCCUUCCUGCACUAGAGGUCAUACUGGGAAUGGACGAUGUUCAGGUGCGUGGGGCAGCCACAGAUAUAUUCUCUUAUCUAGUGGAGUACAAUCCUUCUAUGGUACGAGAGUUUGUCAUGCAGGAAUCUCAGCAAAAUGAUGACGACAUCCUCCUCAUCAACCUGAUCAUAGAACAUAUGAUCUGCGAUACAGACCCAGAGCUGGGUGGAGCAGUGCAGCUAAUGGGCUUGCUACGGACCCUGUUGGAUCCAGAGAACAUGUUGGCUACUGCAAAUAAAACAGAAAAGACGGAGUUCUUAAGCUUUUUCUACAAGCACUGUAUGCAUGUCCUCUCAGCUCCGCUAUUAGCCAACACCACAGAAGAAAAGCCCAGCAAAGAUGACUUUCAAACAGCCCAGUUGCUUGCCCUGAUUUUGGAACUGCUAACGUUUUGUGUUGAGCAUCACACGUAUCACAUCAAGAACUACAUCAUCAACAAAGAUAUUCUCAGAAGAGUACUGGUUCUCACCGCCUCUCAACACGCCUUCCUGGCACUUUGUGCCCUGCGCUUCAUGAGAAGGAUAAUUGGUUUGAAAGAUGAAUUCUACAAUCGCUACAUGAUGAGAAACUUCUUAUUUGAGCCAGUUGUCAAGGCCUUUCAAAAUAAUGGUUCACGCUACAAUCUCAUGAACUCGGCCAUUAUUGAGAUGUUUGAAUAUAUCCGCGUGGAGGACAUUAAGUCCCUCACAGCUCACAUAGUGGAGAACUACUGGAAAUCUCUGGAGGAUGUGGGUUAUGUCCAGACGUUCAAGGGCCUAAAGCUGAGAUAUGAACAGCAGCGAGAGCGGCAAGACAACCCUAAGCUAGAUAGUAUGCGCUCCAUCCUGCGGAAUCACCGCUUCCGCCGUGACGCACGGACGUUGGAGGACGAGGAGGAAAUGUGGUUUAACACGGAUGAAGAUGACCUUGAGGACGGUGAAGCAGUUGUUCUACCUUCUGACAAAAUGAAGAGUGAAGAAGACCUCAUGGAGCCCAUCAGCAAGUUCAUGGAGAGAAAGAAAUUAAAAGACCCGGAGGAUAAAGAAGUGCUGGGGAAGUCGAGCUUGUCAGGCAGGCAGAAUCCUAGCUUCAAGCUUUCCUUCUCUGGAUCCACUAAAACCAGCCUGUCCAGCCCGCCUUCAUCUGCCUCACUGAACCCCGGUUCUCCAGGAUCACCGGGGUCUCCAGGCUCAGGGGCACGAAACUCACCCCCCACCACAACAGUAACCACAAAGGGAGGUGUAGUUGGACUAGUGGACUAUCCUGACGAUGACGAAGAGGAGGAGGACGAGGAGGACGAGGACGGGGAAACUAAAGAGGAGCCUCUGCCACCUACAAAAAAGUCCAAACUGAGCUCGUAAAGAAAUCUCUGUUGCAGCUCGUACUCCGCUCGGACAGUCUCAGAACACGGACUUUACACAGGAAUGAUCAAACUUGUAGACAAAUUGAAUGAAUAAAAUUCCACCCCUCUUUGUCAGCGGGUGGCCAAAAGAGGAGCAGACUGUUAAGGAAUAUAAAGCCUCCUCAGAUUCGUCCAACUCAAAGAAGUGCCAAUCAGGAGACCGGGAGCGGAUAAAACGUCGAGAGAGGAAAAAAAAGUUUUGACGGCGAACAGAUCUCUUUAAAGAGCCGACUUGAAGUUUGGCGAUUACGCAAGUGGAGGAAAAGACCACAUACUAAUACAAAUGUACACGCAAAGUGAAAUAGCAGAGCUCACAGGCUCGGACCAUAACCCACUGCCCCCUCCCCCUGCCCCCCACUCAGGGAAGGACAUCACAGCGGCCCAGAUGGGUCAGCCAAUUCAGACCCAGAACCACCAAUUACACCUCCAUUCCCUCCCUAGAGUUCACUUCCUCACUGUUCCUUUCUGCUUCGUUUCUCUCUGCUCUUGUUUCCUUCUCUCUGUCCGUUGCUUUUUGUUCAUUUUUAAGUCGGCAUAUUUGACCAGAUUGCAGGCAGCACGAGGCGAAGGAGCUGCCCUCGUUGUCAUUUGAUGUCAUCAACGUUGACGUUCUUUCUCCGAGGAGGAAAAAAAAAAAAAAAGCCAGCAGUUUCGUCAUUUUUUUCCUUUGGUUCAUUAUUCGUCUCGAUCUUCUCGACUCGUUUUUUUCUUUUUUGUAAAUGAUGACAAAAAAUGACCUGCCUUUAAAUGUUCAGGACGUUUUCAGUCACACUUGAACAGGUUUUUAAAGACCUCAGUAGGCGAUCUAGUUUUACCCUUUUUGCCCUUUGAAACUGCAGAUUUUUUGGAGAAUUUGUAAUCCCAUCUUGAUUAAAGAUUGAGUGGAAUUCUA